AUGCCGCAAGCGUGGCACGAGAAGACCAUGGACUAUCACUGGAGGAACGCCUCCACCAUGCCCGUUCUGUGUUACCCUACCAGCUCGACCACUAACUUCGGCAUAUGGAAAGGCGAAAACCCCUUGGAUUACACGAUUCCCCUCUUCAUCCUCCAGCUCCUCAUCAUCGUCAUGACGAGCCGUGUCGUCGCCAUCCUCCUCCACCCCUUCGGUCAGCCGCGAUACGUCUCUGAGAUUUUGGGUGGUUUCGUCCUGGGUCCCACGGUGUUGGGUCGGAUCCCCGGUUUCCUUCGGACGCUCUUCCCCUACCGGAGCUUGCCGAUCCUUGAGGUCAUAGCCCAUGUCGGCAUCAUCUACUUCGUCUUCAUCAUCGGCCUGGAGAUCGACCCGACGUCGCUGCAGCGGACAGGAAAGUACGCCAUCUUUGCCGCGGCGUGCGUGGUGUUCCCCUUCGCAGUGGGUGCCAUCUCCGGCAAACUCGUCCACACCUACCUCGCGAUAGAGACCAACAAGUCCUCCUUCCUCACCUUCCUCGGCGUCACCUUCUCCAUCACCUCCUUCUCCGUGCUGGCGCGAACCCUCACCGAGCACAAGCUUAUCAACACCAACCUCGGCCUUACCACGCUGUCGACCGCCAUGUUCAUCGAUAGCUGGGCGUGGAUCCUCCUCUCGAUGGCCUUCUCCUUGUCCAGCGGCAAUCUGCCUGCGAUAAUGUGGACGAUGGCCUCCGGUAUGGUGUUCAUUUUAUGGAGCGUGAAGGUGGUGAAGCCGGCGGUGCUGUGGGUGUCGCGGAGGAAGCCGAAGGGGGAGGUGGUCGGGGAGCUGUCGGCGUCCGUGAUACUGGUUGGGGUGAUGGUGUGGGCGCUGAUGGCGGACGCCAUCGGCAUAAACGCCGUCUCGGGGGCGUUCGUGUACGGGCUGAUGAUACCGUACGGGCCUCUGGGGGUGGCGCUCAUCGAGCGGGUCGAUGACUUCGUGGAGGGCCUGUUGCUGCCGCUGUUCUUCGCCAUCUGCGGCCUGCGGUCGAACCUCUACUCGGUGAGCAACGUCUGGGCGGCGGUGGCGCUGGCGAUGGUGGCGCUGCUGUCUGCUGCAGCCAAAGUGGCAGCUUGCCUGUCGGUGGGAUAUUUGUACGACAUGCCGCUGAACGAUCGGUUCGCCAUGGGCCUGUUGAUGAGCACCAAGGGGGUCAUCGAGAUGGUCAUCCUCAAAAUCGGGAGGGAUAUGGAGGUUCUGAGUGAGCAGGCAUAUUCCAUCUUGGUGGUCAUGUCGGUGGUGAUAACGAUAGCAGUAGGGCCCUUACUGAAGCUAGCGACGACGAGCAACCGCGGCCAAGCCUCGUACCAGCGCCGGACGAUCAUGUGGCCGGACCCUAACUCGGAGCUCCGGAUGCAGGUGUGCGUCCACAACACCCGCAACAUCCCCUCCAUGCUCGGCCUCCUUGAGGCCUGCUGCCCCACGAAGCGCUCCCCCGUCUUCGUCUUCGCCCUGCACCUCGUGGAGCUCACCGGCCGUGCCUCCGCCAUGCUGGUCGUCCACGACACCACCGGCUCGGCCUCCUCCUCCGAUCCCCAGCACCUCCACAAGGUCCCCCUGGGUCGGUCCCGACACAUGAUCCAGGCCUUGGAAUCCUACGCGCAGCGUGCCGCCGGCGUAACAAUUCAGCCCCUCACCGCCGUCUCCUCGUACUCCACCAUGCACGUGGACGUGUGCGGGGUCGCCGAGGACAACUGCGUCGCCCUCAUCGUCCUGCCCUUCCACAAGCAGCCGACGGUCGACGGCGACAUGCAGGUCAUCAACCCCGCCAUCCACUCUCUCAACCAGAGCGUCUUGGCCAACGCACCUUGCUCCGUGGCCAUCCUCGUCGACCACGGCCUCAGCGGACCCAGCAGGAUGGCCGUCGCCCAGCACUCUGUCCACCACGUCGCCGUGCUAUUCUUCGGCGGCCCCGACGACAGAGAGGCUUUGGCACUCGCCUCCCGGAUGGCGGAGCACCCGGCCGUCAGCCUUACGGUGUUCCGGUUCAUUCCGGGUGAUGACUUAGCGACGCGCCCUUCCAUGCGACGUUACGGCUCGAACAACUCCGACGAGGUACUCACAUUGGAGGAAGACGAGGAGAAGGAGGAGCAAUUCGACGAGGCAUACAUCACGGAGUUCCGGCUGAAGCACGUGAGCGACGAGACGGUGGUGUACAUCGAGAAGGUCUCCAACAACGCCGAGGAGACGGUGGCGGUGAUUCGGUCCAUGGAGGGCAUCCAUGACCUGUACGUGGUGGGCAAAGGCGGGGGUUCUUCGUCUCCUCUGACGGAAGGACUGACGGAGUGGUGCGAGUGCCCGGAGCUGGGGCCAAUCGGGGACAUGUUGGCGUCGAACGACUUCAACGCCAACGCAUCGGUGCUGGUGGUGCAGCAGGGCAUGCAGGAGGAGCAUGAGGUGGCGGUGGGGAUGGUGGGAGAAAGCCCAUGGAAGCCGAGAUGA